UUUCAACUUUUCCGUUUUUUCACUUUUGAUUUCGUCAUUUCGAGGAUCAUUUUCAUUGAUUCACAAUAAAUUUGUUUACGUUCAUCUCCCUGAUUGUUUAGGGGAUGAAUUGAUUGUUUAUUUGGCAGAGAAGAACUGGAUAUCGAGAAAUACAGCGAAUCAGUCAUGGAUACUGAGCAGAGUCGACAGGGCACCCCUCUGGAACCCAGCCUGGGCGGCUCCCCGUCGAAAUGCCCGAAAUCCUACGUGACGAUCCUGCACGACGUGCUGAGUCAGGAGCGCAAACUGACCCCCGUCUACCAGCUGGUCAGCAUGGAGGGUAUGUCGCACGAGCCCACCUUCGUCUACAAGGUGCACGUCGACGGGACGGAGGCGCAGGGCCGCGGACGGCGCAAACAGGAGGCGCGCCAGCUGGCCGCCAAGAAUCUCCUCAUCAAGCUCAAUCGGCUCCCGCCCGCGGAGGUGGAUGCGAUGGAAGGGGAGGGGGAGACGUUGGUCGAGGAGAAAGUGGAGGAGGUGGGGCGCGGGGUGCAUAAUAUCCAGCUGGCGGCCAAGUUUCCCCUGGUGGACACCAGCAGCGUUGUGGAUGGUUCGACGGCGACGGUGACGGUGCACACGGCCGCGGCGCCGGCGGCGACCGAGCCCGUUGCGGCCGCGCCGGAGGUCGCUUCGCCGAGCGCCCCGCCCCCCGGAUCCGCGCCCGGCGCCCGACGAUUUCCGGCGCAGCCCGGCCAGCAGUAUCCGGUGCCGCACUGCCGCAAGGAAAAUCCCGUCGGCAGUUUGCAGGAGCUGACGCUGAGUAUCCGCUGGCCGCCGCCGCAGUUCGAGCUGCACGAGCGGGAAGGCGCGGCGCACGACGCCACCUUCAGCAUCUGCUGCUACGUGUGGAGCUACAAGGCGCUGGGACGGGGCAAGUCCAAGAAGGAGGCCAAGCGCAUGGCCGCCGCCAACAUGUACGAGAUCCUCCGCACCGCGCCCGACGUCCUCGAGCUCUGGCAGAAACGCGCCGAGGCGUAUGCGGCGCGCGCCUACAGCAACCGCAACAACCGCCACCGCCAGCCCAUCCCGCAGCGCGCCCCGCCCAUGCAGACGCUGUACAAGGAUCUGAUGGCCAACCAGACGUGCGAUUCGCUGGCGGCGCUGCGCAGUCUGUCCCUCAACGAGGUCCUAAACCAUCCCGACCCGCUGGACGUCAUCCGCGAGCUGGCCACGCAGCUCCACUUCGACAUUCUCUUCGACGAUCUCUUCGACUUCACCCGCGUCAAGGAUGAGAAAAUCUCGCUACCGACGUUUCCGCAACCGGUGGCGGCGGCCAGCCUGAUCACCCUGACAUUGCCGCGACAGGUCGUCUGUUUCGGCACGGGCGCCACGAAAUCCGCGUCCCGCCGCGCCGCCGCCAUCGACGCGCUGUGCUACCUGUACACGGCGGCCGCGCAAACCCUCACCCUGGAGAAAUCUCCCUGAAAUUCACCUCUUCAACGUUUUUAUUUAUCUUUAUUCAUCACAGUUCUUCACGACAUUUUUUGCUUUUUUUUGAGUGAUGCAUGGAAGUUUUGUCAAUUUUCUCGGGGUUUUUGUACAGUUUGAAUUACUUUAAAAGGCAGAUUUUUCUACUUAGAGAAGCGCGUUGGUACAUUGGUCAAAAUUGGGAAGACAGAAUGAAUACUCGUAUAAUUAUUAAAUUUUGCGCAGUUGACGGAACAUGUCUUCGUCGUGGAGGGACGCACGGAUAAUGUCCAUCUCCAUGGCGUUCGGCAUGAUGAUGGCCAGGUAGCCCGUGGAAAAA